AUGUUCACUCUAAUAAAGACUUUCGAUGGAUUUUGCUGCGCGUUUAAUUAUGGAGCUCUUAAUGAAGGUAGUAUGGAAGAAUUUUUAAAAGAUGAUGACUUUGAAUAUUACAUGGACCCCAGUGACGAGGACAUGGCUACAAAGGGCAUUCUUGUAACAUCGGACUCUGGGAGAGGCUCUGGCUUAACCGUGAUACUUGAUGUCGAACCAGACGAAUAUGACUAUGGGUCAACUCUACCAGGUUACGGGGCUAAGGCUAGUAGGAUAUACAUAUAUUUUAAUGCUGCU